AUGGGCAGCGGAUCCUACGACAAAGUGAAGGUAGAGCUCGCGGGCUCACCGUAUGAGAUUGGUCUGCAACAUGGCCAACUUCUCGCUUCGCAGGUCGUCGACCAGAUAUUCAUCUAUCGCGACCUCUUCCAAGAAGCGUGCAAGUUCAGCUGGGAGACCGUGCGCACCGUCGCCGCGCAGUUCGAAGAGAGCAUCGGUCUCCUCGCACCCCACCUCCUCGAGGAGAUGCGCGGAAUCGCGGCAGGAGUGCAGUCUACCGGGCACCCCAAGGUCGAUAUCCUCGACAUCGUCGCGCUGAACGCACGCAGCGAGAUAGCACUCGGACAGUGGAAUGACGGCUGCACCGCCCUUGGUUGGAGGAUCCGCGGCCCAGGAGUGCACAAGCAGAUCCUCGCGCAGAAUUGGGAUUGGCGCGAGGGCGUGGGCAAGAACCUAGCCCUGGCGUCCAUCUCGGCCCCAGGGAAGCCCCAGAUCUGGAUGAUCAUAGAGCCAGGGAUCGUCGGAAAAAUCGGGUUCAACUCCGCGUCGGUGGGCGUGUGCUUGAACGCUAUCCGCGCACGGCCGAUCUCGACCUCCCUCUUGCCCAUCCACGUCCUACUACGACUCGCGCUCGAGUGCGAGUCCGUAGAUGACGCCAUCGCAUCUAUCGAGAGUCUGGGCGGUGCAGCGUCGAGCCAGCACAUCCUCAUCGCUGACAAGGAUGGCGCGCGCGGCCUCGAGCUCUCGCCACGCGGAGGCUUCUACCUCAAAGAAGACGAGCGCGGUGUCCUCGCGCAUACCAACCACUUCCUCGAGAACAAGCUGGUGGACGAGCCGCCCUGGCUCUCCGGGUCCCCGGUUCGCCUCGAGCGUGCACAGACGAUCUGCGGCGAGCUUACCGCGAAACUGGGGGACAGUCGUCUGGGAGAGAUCGACGCGAAGCUGCUGCGCGCGCAUCUCUUCUCCGAUACGACAAACUCGCCUCAGGCUAUAUGCUGCUCACCGGACCCGGAGCGAGCAGCCAAGAUCUCGACGCUGUUCAACAUCGUCAUGACGUUCGAACCCGGACGGGCGCCGUCGGCAGAAGUAGUGUUUGGGAAGCCAGGUAGCGGGGAGGAGAGCGAGGUCUACCAUAUGCCCUGGUGAGUGAGGUAAGCUGUUGUAGUGUAUUAUGUAGGCUAUAGUACACAUGUGUGCAUACGGCUGCCAGUAUAACACUCAGCAGACAUGUUGUUUUCUGUUGCCGGCCC